AUGGCGAUGGGAGCAGCGAUGCGCCGCAGGUUGAUGAGUCGUGGGUUGUGGAGGCCGUUGGCGUUGCGGUGGAACCACCGUGGUUCCAGCAUCGACGCUAGUAGACUGGAGUUCAGCAAGAGGAAUCAUGUGAUCGAGAAGCAGUUGGCAACGUACUAUCCGUCGGUCUCGACGCUGGCGAGCGACAGGGUGGUGACGAUCGAGCAGUUCCACGAGCGGUAUGCGGCGAUUGAGGGCGACGAGGCCGCGAUGGUUUGCCAGGUCAAUGGCCGGAUCAAGAACAUACGGUUUUCUGGGAAAAGGAUCUGUUUUAUCGACUUGUGCAAUACUCGUAGUUCGAAGUCGCUGCAGCUGAUUGUGAAUGCGAGCAAGGUGGACGCUUCGCUGCAGGAGCGGUUUGAGGCCGAUUUGCGGUUUUUGAAGGUCGGGGACUAUAUCCAGGGCUCUGGGUAUCCGGGGCUCUCGCAGCGACAAAGAACGGUUUCUUUGAAAUGCACGGAGCUGCCUCGGAUUCUCUCGUGUGCACAGAUGCCUCUGCCGCCGCGACUGAGCGAUGCCUCGAAGGUGAAGCAGAAUAGGGUGGUCGACUACCAGGUUAACCGCCGGGCGAUCGAGACGCUAAUGCUUAGACAGACGAUCGUCAAUUCAAUUCGGAGCUGGCUGAACGAGCGGCAGUUUGUGGAGGUCGAGACUCCUAUACUGUCCUCGCAGAGUAACGGCGCGGCCGCGGAACCUUUCAUCACAAGGUCGAAUUCGCUGCCAAAAGAGUCCGCGCAGUUGGAGCUGAGAGUUGCGCCCGAGCUGUGGCUCAAGCGGCUGAUCAUCGGCGGGUUUGACAAGGUUUACGAGAUUGGCAAAGUUUUCAGAAACGAGGGGAUAGAUGCGAUUCAUAACCCUGAGUUCACGACUCUGGAGUUCUACCAGACGUUUCUGUCGAUGCACCAGCUCAUCUCGUUGUCGGAGUCUCUGUUCAAGAGAAUCGUCCUGGAUCUGCAUAAGCACCACUCGAACGAGACACUGGAAUCCCUGGUUAAGGAAUUGGAGAGCGCAAACUGGAAAUUUCGCAGACUGGAGUUUCUUCCAACUCUGUCGCAAGAACUGGCUGUCGAUCUGACAAAGCUCGAUUUGAGCGAUACUGAAAUGCUUUACAAUGUGGUACCGCCGGAGUUGAAGCUAGCUCGCGGUUUAUCGCCGCAGCAGAUCCUGAACAAGCUCUCUUCAGUUUUCAUCGAGCAACGCCAUUGUAACUCGCUGCUGCCGACGGUGUUGUACCACCAUCCAACGGUGAUGUCGCCUCUGGCUAAGACCAACACACUGGAUCCAGCAGUCACCAAAAGGUUCGAGGUAUUCGUGAAGGGCAAGGAAUACAUUAAUGCUUACGAGGAGGAAAACUGUCCUCAAAUGCAGUUGGCCAAAUUCGAGCAACAGAGCCAGUCGAAUAAGCUGUACAAGGACAAGGAGUCGCUCAAUGUCGAUUACCGGUACGUCGAGGCAAUGAAAUGGGGCAUGCCGCCGAUCGGUGGUUUUGGUUUGGGCAUCGAUAGAUUGUGUAUGCUGUUGUUGGACAAAUCCCGCAUCGAGGACGUUUUAGCCUUUGGAUGCCUUGACGAUGUAAAUAGACAAUAA